AUGAAACUUUCUAAUCAAGUUUUCAUAAAUAUGUCAACUCAUAGAUUACAAAAAUCAUUUCCUUUGCAUCCUCUCAUUUCUCAUAACAUACAAAUCUCUAUGAAAUCUGCAGAAUUAAAAGACGAAAACCGAACCUCAAGGACUCCUUCUCCCCACUUUAAAAUGCCAACUGAUCGAUCAAAUCAAAAAGCUGAAGCAGAUAAAAUCUACAAUUCAGCAGUUAUUCAAGCACUAAUUCACCCAACAAAGCCAAUUUUAACAAAAACUAAUAAUCACAAGAGAUAUAAAACUUCUGGGCAGCAAAACCAGUCUCCAAAUAGAAGAAAUGAAAACGCAAUUAGGAAAUCAAUUCCCUAUAGUUCUUGGGGAAACAUAAAUUCAUCUCCUUUAAGACACAGUAAAUCUACUAUCCCGAAAAACUUUUUAGUUCUACCUCCUGAAGAAAUUUCUCAAAGAAAAUCAAAAUCUCCUUUAAGAUCCAUGAAAACUUCAGUUGAAAGAUCAAUUAAGCGAGAUACAAGCAGAGAGAGGAGUCCUUAUUCUGUAAGAAUACAAGCAAUUAACAAAAAAAAUUCCAAACAAAGAUCGCCUAAAUCUCCCAGCAGGUCUCCUUCUCCACUUUUGCAAAAUUCAAAUUCAAAGCUACAUAUAAGGUAUCUGACUCAAAAAGAGAAUCGCUUACUCCCCCCCUUUAAAUUGGAACAAAAUAUCGGUAAAAUUUCCACUUUUUUGGUAAAUUAACCCCCCUUUAAAUUUGGAACAAAAUUUAAUUUUACAAUAAAAAAUUAUAUAUAAUUUUUAUCGAAAAGGUUUUGAUAUAAGCUAAAUGUUUCUUCUUAACUAAAACUAAAAAUUUAGUUAUAUCUUGCUCUUUUUAAAAGAAAAAAAGUAUAAAGAGCAUCUUAUUUAAAAUAAAAUUUAUUAUCCUUAAUUGCUAAAUUUUUUAAAACAUUUUUGUUUUUUUUGAUAAAAAUGAUAGUUUUUUUAUUUGGAUAGUUUUGAUAUAAAUUCAAUAGGAAUUCUUUAUAAAAUUUCAAAAUUUACUUAUUUCUUGCUUUAUUUUAAAGAAUAGAGUAUAAAUAACAUCUUAUUUAAACAAAAUUAGCACUUUGAUCGAUAUAAAUUUUCUAAAAUUUUUUUUUUUUAAUUUUUUUUAUCAAUAAAAAUAAUAAUUUUUGUGUAAAUAAUUUUGAUGCCAAUUAAUAGUGGCGUAUUAACUAAUAAUGAAAAAUUUAGUUAUAUCUUGCUUUGUUUUAAAGGAUAAAGAGUAAAUAGCAUUUUAUUAAACAAAUUUAUUGAUCUAAUUCGAUAAGUUUUUGAAUUUUUUUUUUUUUUUAAAUUCUUAUAUUGAUAUUUUUUUUUAAAAAAAAAAUUAACCCCCCUUUUAAUUGGAACAAAAUUUUUAGUUCCAAUUUAAAGGGGGGGGGGAGUUAGAAUCUUUAUCAUCCAGUACAAUUGAAAAUAGUUUAUUAAUUGAAAAGUAUCGAUUUCAAAGCCACAAAAAUGCAGUGAAUACUAUCAUUACUGACGAGAAAUAUAUAUAUAGUGGAUCUUCGGAUUAUAAUAUUUGUAUAUGGCAUAAGCCAACCCAAAUAUCGAAUUCAAGGAUCCACAAAGCUCCUAUUUUUUCAUGUCCUUCCCAAACCUUAAAAGCUCAUUCAAAGCCUGUUACAGGUUUAGCCUUAUUAGACGAAAAUACAUUAAUUUCUUCAAGUGCUGACUCAUCCAUUCGGAUUUGAAGGGUUUUUCCUGAUAUUUCUUUGAAGUCAAGAAUUAAUGCACAUACAGGCCCAGUCCAUUCUUUAAUUUCUAUAAGACCAAAUCUAAUAGUUUCAUCAGGAGAAGAUCAUAAUAUUUCUAUUACAGAUUCAAUAACUUCUCAACAAUUUAGCCAAUAUACAGAGCACAAUAAGCCAGUAAAAGUCUUAUUAUUGAACAAUUUUCAAACUUUUUGCAGUGGAGGAACUGAUGGGCUUAUUAAAGUUUGGGAUUUAAGGUUAGCUAAAUCAAUUGCAACUAUUGAAGGAGACUGUGAAAAUAUAAGAACUCUAUGCAAAUGAGUAGACGGCUCCAUUGUUAGCGGCUCAAGUAGUGGAUUUAUUAGGUUUUGGGAUAUGAAAAAUUGAAAAAACUGAAAAGAAAUGGAUAAUGGGAGCGAAGUCACUUCUUUGGUUUGUGUCAAAGGAAAACUUAUCAGUGGAGGCAAAAGCAUGAUUUCGUGAGGAAAAGUUAAUGAAAACGUCGGGGAAAAUAUAAAAUGCGUUCAAAACUGGGAAGAUAAUGAUAUAUUGCUGAGCGGAGAUAGAGAAGGAAAUAUAGUGGGAUGGAAAUUCAUGAUUUAA